GUAAAACAUGAUGCACCAUGGAUGCUAGUGUGGAAAACAACGUGAAGACCGUCAGAAGGAGUAAAGAGGACAAGAAAGUUAUUCGUAAACAGUUAAAAGCGAGUCACACUUUGCUGAAACAUGAAGGCAUUAGUACAGCACCGCAGCCUACCAAGGCUAUAUUACAUGGCAAAGUGAGCUAUGGGAUGGAAGCAUUCAAAGACACCAACCAGUCUGCCUCUGUCUCCUCUGCAGAGUUUGGUGGUGGCUAAUGGGGGCCUGGGGAACGGUGUUAGUCGAGAGGAGUUGUCUGCAGCGCUGAAACAGAUUGGAGAGGUGGACAAACUGAUCAUGCACCCUCACAAGCCCUACGCUUUUGUCACAUACAGAUCCGAAGAGAGUGCUCGGAAAGCCCACAUCCACCUUAACGGGGAAAAGCUUCAAUGUGGGGAGAACAGCGUCACACUCUACCUCAGUUAUGUAGACUCAGUAACCUGUGAAGAGGAGGCGUCUGUUUCUCUGCCAGAGGGAUUGGUCUUGGUGCAGGACUUUGUGUCUUCAGAGGAAGAGGCUCUGCUGCUCGCUGCCAUUGACUGGUCGCCCACUAAUACUGAUGUCACUGCUCAAAAAGCUCUGAAGCAUAGGAGAGUCAAACAUUAUGGAUUUGAAUUCCGCUACGACAACAACAAUGUGGAUAAGGACAAGCCAUUACCUGCAGCCUAUACAUGUGUUUGUGUGCCUAUAUAUCCAGGUAUUCCUCAGGAGUGUCUCCCUGUUCUGGAGCGGUGUGUGGAGAAAAAACACAUCGACAUCAUGCCAGAUCAGCUGACUGUCAACCAGUAUGAGUCUGGACAGGGCAUUCCUCCUCAUGUGGACACUCACUCUGCCUUUGAGGACACCAUUAUGUCACUGAGCCUGGGAGCAAAGACGGUGAUGGAGUUCCGUCAUCCCGAUGGUCGUCUCGUUGCCGUGGUGUUGCCAGAACGAAGCCUCCUGGUGAUGAAGGGAGAGAGCAGGUUCCUCUGGACCCACGGGAUAACACCUCGUAAGUUUGACAUGGUCCCAGCGUGUGACCCACAGUCCCCUGGUGAUAUGACAGCUGACCCCGGGACUCACAGCAAUCUCACUUUGAGCAAGAGGGGCACCCGCACUUCUCUCACUUUCCGCAAGAUCAGACAUGAACCCUGCUGCUGUGCCUUCCCCUCUGCCUGUGAUAGUCAGGGAGCACCCCCAUCACCCUCUCCGCCGUCCCCUCCCUCACUACCCUGUUGCCAUGCCGACGCGGCCCUUCUGGAGGAGCAGUAUGUGCACCGGGUGUACGACGCCAUCGCCUCGCACUUCAGCAGCACCCGCCACUCCCCCUGGCCUCGUGUUUGCCUUUUCCUGUCCUCGCUCCCACCUGGCAGCGUGCUGGCUGACGUGGGCUGCGGAAACGGGAAAUACCUGGGAGUCAACCCAGACCUGAUUGCAGUUGGUUGUGACCGUAGCAGUGCUCUUGUCCAGAUCUGUGCAGAGAGAGGUUUCCAGGCGUUUGUAUCUGAUGCGCUCAGUGUCCCUCUGCGAACAGCCUCCUGUGAUGCCUGCAUCUCUAUAGCUGUCAUACACCACUUGUCCACACAGGAGCGUCGAAAGGCAGCAAUGCAGGAGCUGGUGAGACUUUUGAAGCCUGGAGGUCGAGCGCUAAUCUACGUUUGGGCUUUUGAACAAGAGUACAACAAGCAGAGGUCCAAGUACCUCAAAGACCAGAACAAAGAGCACCCUGAGAACCCCAACCCAACUGAAAACCCACCAGAGCAGAGCCAGGAACCUCAAGAGAAAUUGAGUAUCCAUAACAGCAGUCAUUCAGAAGACAACUACAGGACAGUAGAAAACAAUCAACAUGUGAAUGAUGGCAAACUCAGUGUGCACACCAACCGCACAGCCUUCGAGACCAAGGACCUUUUGGUUCCCUGGCAUCUGAAAGACGGGAAAAAACGAGUGGAGGUAGAAUCAGGAGAGGGUGGGAAGAAGGAUCGACAGAAAGAGAAAUCGAAAAAGACCUCAAGGCCUAAAACCACAUUAGACUGUAACCCUGCCGCCAGUCCAGGCUUUGACUCCAACAUGCUUUCAGAUACAAGGGAUGCCACUCACAGCUCCAAACCCAGUCUGGGUGGCGACACAUGUCAGACUUCCAGCUCUGCUCUAAAGUUGGAGUCCGAGAGCAUCCCAGCUCCAAUUUUUCAUCGCUAUUACCAUGUGUUCCAGCAGGGGGAGCUGGAGCAGCUGUGUGCUCAGGAGGCUGGAGUCACAGUGCAGAGCAGCUACCACGACCAGGGAAACUGGUGUGUUAUAUUAGAGAAGGACUUGGGGAGAUAAAGUGACACACUUCACAUUUAGCCACAAAUAAAUGUAGAAGCAAAAGAGUUAAUGCAAUAUAAACAAAUACUAAAUUAAAGAAAUAAAUGUAAUGACUGUACAAAUUGAUGCCUGUAUUGUGCUUUUUGCAUUAUUCCUGCUAAGGUUUGAAAGUAACAAGGUCUUGGUGAAUUAUUCAUUUCCAAAUAGGUAUACACAUACAAAGAAUUGGCAUUGCUGUAAAAUGGUGGGGAACACACUUAUUGAAAGUUAUGAGAUACGAGAAAAUAUAAAACUAUUUAAAACUACUGUGAAACCCUUUUAAAAAAAUGUUUACAAGACAUAUACAAUUACAAAAAAAGGAACUACAAAAAGAUCAUGACACAUUUCACAAUAACUAUGAAAAACAAUAUCUGCAGUAUAUCAGAAUUUAAAAAGUAUUGCACUGCACUUUUGCUAUAAAUAAAUGCAUCUUACUAAAUCAAAUGUGAAGGUUGUUAGAGGAUGUUAAAAAGCACAGGUUAUAAACAUACUCUAGCUGCUGUGUAAACUAAUGACAUAAACAAGGCUCUUUGACAUUCUCCAGAGUUCUUACACUGUAGGGAAAUUUCAACAAUAUUCAUAACCUCACUUCUUCUUCCUCAGUCUUUGACCUCAUUGUAUAAUAGGUAUUCACUAAGCUGUAAAUGGCGUGUUCCCGACCUUUUCAAGUUAAAGGGUGCAUGUGUAACAUUGCAUUUC